AUGAGCGCCAGCCAUGGCCCCGGAAGACCUGAUGUUGAAGCGGCUGGCUUUGACCCAGGGGCUGGCCCCAGUUCCAGCCAUUCGGCUUCGCGUGAGCGUUCGGCUUCCACGGAGGGACUCCAAGAACAGCUUUCCGAUUGGAACAAUGAUGGAGAAAGUGACGGGCAAAGUGAUGGAAACGACCAAGAUUCUGAGUACGAGCUUCUCAUGGAUCCAAAUCUCCCCCGAGACGAGGCCGGCGAUGCCAUGGAGAUGACAAGCUUGACUGCUGGGAAGCUGCCCGACAACGAGGACUCUCCAUAUCCCGAAGUUCGCGCAGCCGUGCGGAACUAUGACGAGGACGUGCCCUGCAAUACCGUGCGAGCCUGGGUCAUUGGCCUGACCCUGGUCUUCUUUGGCGCUGCCAUGAACACCCUCUUCUCCCUGAGGAGCCCUUCCAUCUCAAUCGGCCCGCUGCUCGCUCAAAUCAUUGCCUGGCCUAUAGGCCAUGCUUGGGCUCGGUGGGCGCCCGACAAGAAAUUCACGACCUUUGGAUUCGAGUGGACCUUGAACCCUGGACCCUUCAACAUCAAGGAGCAUUCCAUCAUUGGAGUCAUGGCCAGCGUAUCAUUCUCCGUGGCUUACUCGACCGACAUCAUCCUCGCUCAGCUCAUCUUUUAUAAGCAAAACUUUGGCAUACUAUUUCAACUUCUUCUCACCAUAUCAACCCAGUCCUUGGGCUACGGCAUCGCAGGGACGAUGCGCAAGUUUCUCGUAUAUCCGGCGUCAAUGAUAUGGCCAUCCAACCUUGUGGCUGUAACCAUGAUGAAUGCCAUGUACGAGAAGAACGAAGUACGGGACCCGUCAGUCCUAGGGGGUAGCAUGCCGCGUUAUCGAUGGUUUACCUUUGUCACUGUUGCCGCCUUUCUCUACUACUUCAUCCCCGGUUUCCUGGCCCAGUUCCUGAGCGUUUUUGCCUUUGCUACUUGGCUGGCGCCGCAAAACCCAGUCGUCAACCAGCUGUUUGGAGGCACCACCGGGCUAUCUCUGCUCCCAAUCACAUUUGACUGGACUCAGAUUGCGGGCUACAUCGGAUCGCCUCUGAUUCCACCGUGGUUUGCCAUUGCCAAUACCUUGAUAGGGGUGGUUGUCUUUUACGUCAUUGGCUGUUCUGUUCUUCAUUUCUCCGGAGCUUGGUCUGCCGAGUUCCUACCCAUGAGCGACCCCAACACGUAUGACAAUACCGGAGCGCCGUACAACACGUCGCGCGUUCUCAACCCUGAUUUCACGCUGAACGAGGACGCGUACGGCAAAUAUUCACCGCUAUUUAUCAGCACCACGUUCGCCGUGUCCUACGGGCUCUCGUUUGCCGCCAUCUCGUCGCUGGUGGUGUACACGUUCCUGCAUAAUCGCAAACGCAUAUGGAAGCAAUACCGCAACAGCUCAAACGAAGCACCAGACAUUCACAUGAAGCUGAUGAAAAAGUACAAGGAGGCGCCGGAUUGGUGGUAUAUGGGAUUGUUCCUUGUCAUGCUUGCCAUGGGCCUUUACACAGUGAUGGCGUAUCCCACCAAGCUCGCUUGGUGGGCCUUUCUGCUCGCAGCGGCAAUAUCUUUUGGCUUUUCCUUGCCAAUUGGUAUCAUAGAGGCCGUCACGAACAACCGUAUAGGCCUGAAUGUGCUCACCGAGUUCAUCUAUGGGUAUAUACAGCCGGGAAGGCCGCUGGCUCUGAUGAUUUUCAAAACGUUUGGGUACAUUACUAUGUCUCAAGCUCUAAGCUUCGUUUCGGAUUUGAAAUUCGGACACUACAUGAAGAUACCUCCGCGGACCAUGUUUUGGGCUCAAGUGGUUGCCACUACGCUUUCGUGUUUUAUCCAGAUUGUCGUGCUCAAUCUUGCCUUGAGCUACAUCCCGGACGUUUGCGAUCAGCAUCAGCGGGACCACUUCACCUGCCCAGGCGGCAGAGUCUUUUUCGCAGCCUCCGUCAUAUGGGGUCUGAUCGGACCCAACAGAAUGUUCUCUCCCGGGCGCAUCUACUCGUCCCUCUUCCUCUUCUUUUUGGUCGGCGCCAUUGUCCCGAUUCUGAUUUAUUUCGGCGCCAAGCGGUGGCCCAAGUCGCCGCUGCAGUACCUCAUCUCCCCCCUGAUUUUUGGCGGCGCCGGCGCAAUCCCGCCCGCCACGCCGCUCAACUACUUCUCCUGGGGCAUCGUCGGCUUCGUCUUCCAGUGCUGGAUCAAGAAGAGGCACUUUGGCUGGUGGAGCAGGCUCAACUUCCUUACCUCGUCCGCGCUGGACCUGGGACUCGCGCUGUCCACACUGUUCAUCUUCUUCGCAUUCUCCAUGCAGGGUAUCGAGCCGCCCAAGUGGUGGGGCAACGACGUGGUGAGCUCGACAAUGGACUCGCAAGGCACGGCAGUCCAGAGGCAAGUCGUGGCUGGCCAGCAGUUUGGCCCAAAGUCCUGGUAG